CGGAGGCUAGUCGUUGUCGAACGGCGCGCGAGAACAUCUUGGCUUGCUUUGGGUCGGAUUGGCCCUGUGACGUUGGCGUUGAUGCGUCGAUGGGCGAGAGUUGAUGGGCGGCGCCCCGGGGAAAUUUUCCAGCGUGCCUACGGCGCGCAUGCGCAAGACAUUUAGGUAUCCAGCAGACAAUGAGACAGAAUCCAACGGCUCCGAUCCAGAAGCGCUCGACGAAGAAGAACAGGAGCAUCUGAUCAAUCGCCUCGCCGAAGAGAAUGCCUCUCGCAACGCUUUCUUUGCGCGUGUCCUCCUCUGCCUCCCGAUCGCUGCCUGCCUUCCCUAUCUCCCGACCCUCUUCCACGCCAAGAUGAGGAUGCUCUCGGUACUGAGCAUCACGUCUCUGCUCUCGACGGCGUUUCUCCUUUGGCGAUACCCGACAACGCAGACUGGCAUCGAGAUACUCGACAAGCUACACACAAAGGGCAAGCCCAAAGCCAAGGUGCUAGAUCGGUCGCCGCUCGAGACCUGGCUGCCCUAUCUGAAUCUGGGCUUGGCGGUCAUGCUUGUGCUCAUGGGCCUGCUCGUCAAGAGUGACGCUACGAGCUUUGGCUGGAUCAGCAUGGGUAAUCUCCCUGUGAUCAUAUACGCCGUUGCGCUGGUCUGCAAGGUCGUGAUGGCGAGCGUCGACCCCGAGUCUGAGCUUUCCAGUCUCAAGUACGAGUACAAGGGUGCUUGAUCAAGUUGGCAUGGUGGUAUUAAUUCUCUUUUCUAUUGUACCGUUGGUCUACAUGUCUAUUGAGUCGUUGAAACGCAAGACACCGUGACUGCGCAGUACCCC